AUGUAUAGCAGUAAGGGAUUUUUAAACAUGCCUGAAUAUCCCCUGCUAGUUGAAGGGACAAUGAUUUCAUUUUUGGUAGACUCAGGGGCGACCCGAUCUGUUUUGCGACCAUGUGACUUGCCAUGUGAACCAGCGCUAACAAACAAAACGCAUGGUUCUUUGUCUGUAUCAGGACAUUAUAUAACAGAACGGUUCACUGUGCCAUUAAAGUGUGAGACAGAAGGGGGCCACGUGCUGAAGCAUGCAUUUUUAACUUCAAAAACAUGCCCAGUACCCCUUCUGGGCCGAGAUUUAAUGUGCAAAUUAAAUUUGGUAAUGGUUGCAGAUCCCUCGGGCAUUGUAGUGAAAGAGGGUGAGCAAAUGUAUUUGAAAACAGAACCAAAAUGGGUUUACAAAUGGCACAUAACCGAAACUGAGUGGGCAAAAACAAUCUGUGAAUUGGGGAAAAAUAGAACACUGUCAUUUGGUACAGAUUUUAUGAUGCCUGACAAUUUGCAUUGCACGUCACAUGUCGUAACAGAACGAGAUCAAUUUUAUGAAAAACAAUGGUUUGAACAAAAAGAAGACACUUUGAAACUUGAUCAAAUGUUUUGGACUGAGAAAAUGUGUGCGAUUUCAGUAGGCUUAUCAGAAAAACAGCUUCCUCUCUAUUUGAUAGCAGGAGAGUGUGUGCCACACAUAUCAAUUUCAAAGAAAAACACACAGGCCUGGGGUGACAUGGGAAUGUUUGUGAAGCACUGUGUUGAAACAAAUGACUGGGAGAAGGUCGAUGAGACUUUAGAGUACAGUAAGAAAUUGAGGGCUUUUAAAUCUGAUUGCAAGCAUGAAAUUGAGGUGAAGCGAAUUUUAACCGCUGUUGACAAACACACAUAUGAAAAUGACUGUAUGACAAAUAUUUGUGCUUUGGACAUACACCCUGCGCUGGCAGAAGUGCCUGACGAGUUGUGGGCAAAGCACAAGUAUGAUGUGGGACUGAUUAAAGGAUGCGAACCGGUGAUAAUUACUCCCAAAUCUGAUUAUAGACCUUGCCAACCACAAUAUCCAUUAAAAACUGAGGCAAUUUUGGGCAUAGAACCAGUUUUUGAAUCAUUGUUAAAAGAAGGCGUAAUUGUUCCAUGUGACACCUCACCGGUGCGUACUCCCAUCUUUCCUGUGAAAAAGAUUAGAGAUAAGGGUCAGCCCACUGAAUGGCGUUUUGUGCAGGACCUGCAAGCUGUGAAUUCAGCUGUCAGAGCGAGAGCUGCUACAGUUCCAAAUCCCUACACAAUCUUGUCACAAAUUCCACAGAGCGCCACAUUCUUUUCAGUGGUAGAUUUGGCGAAUGCCUUCUUUAGCGUACCAGUGGACAAAGACAGUGCAUAUUGGUUUGCAUUUAAUUUUAAAGGGAAAGGGUAUACUUUCACAAGAUUGUGUCAGGGAUAUUGCGAAUCACCAACAAUUUACAAUGAAGCACUCAGACGAAGUCUUGAAAAUUUGACUCUGACACCUGGAUCAGCUUUGCUUCAAUAUGUUGACGAUAUUUUGAUUUGUGCAAAAGAUGAAACAACAUGUGUGAAAGACACUGUGACCUUGCUGCAACAUUUGGCACAGGAAGGUCACAAGGUCAGUAAACCUAAGCUACAAUUUGUAAAAAAACAAGUCACAUUUUUGGGUCAUAUAAUAUCUGCAAACAGUAAAUCACUGUCUGGAAAACGAGUGCAGGCAAUAACUGAGGUACCAAAACCAACCACAAAGAAACAAAUGUUGUCAUUUUUGGGGAUGUGCUCUUAUUGCAGAACAUUCAUUCCCAAUUAUGCGAUUCUUGAGCAACCCCUGAGAGCACUGACAACAGGGAAGGAAUUGAAGUCAUGUGAUAAGAUUAAUUGGACGGGGGAGGCUGAGAAGGCUUUUGCCGACAUGAAAGCGCAGCUCGCCACAGCCCCCACAUUAGGCCUACCUGUACCAACUAAACCAUUUGUCCAAAUGGUUGAUGAAAAAAAUGGGUUUAUGUCUUCUGUUCUUUUGCAGCUACAUGGAGACAGAAUGCGACCAGUGGGUUAUUUCUCUGGCAAAUUAGAUCCAGUAGCAGCAGGCCUGCCGCACUGUCUGAGGGCCGUGGCAGCUGCUGAACAGGCUGUGAUGGCCUCUAGAGAAUUUGUGGGGUAUUCUGACGUGACAUUAAUGGUUCCGCAUGCUGUUUCCAUGAUUUUGCAGGAACAGAAGACUUCACAUUUGUCAACAGCACGAUGGCUGAGAUAUCACACAAUUUUGCUGGAUAUGCCAAACAUCACAGUGAAGCGUUGCACAGUGCUGAAUCCUGCCACUCUCCUUCCAACAGAGGAGGAUGGGGAGGAACAUCACUGCUGUUUGACUGCACUCGAACAGAUAUGUACCCCACGCCCUGACCUUUCGGACACACUGCUCGAAAACAGUGAGCAUAUCCUGUUUGUGGAUGGCUCUGCGUUCAGAGAUCCACAGACAGGCCUGAACAAAGUUGGUUACGCGGUGACCACUGAAUUCGAAACAUUGACAUCUGGCACAUUGCCAUCAAAUUUUUCAGCUCAAGCGGCAGAGCUCGUAGCCCUGGCAGAAGCAUGCAAGCUCAUGGAGGGUAAAAGUGUAACGAUUUACACAGAUUCACGAUACGCGUUCGGGGUUGCGCAUGAUUUUGGGGCUUUAUGGAAACAUAGAAAUUUUUUGAAAUCUGAUGGCCGGCCAAUUCUAAAUGCUUCUCUUGUGUCUACUCUUUUAGACGCAAUUCUCUUGCCAAAACAACUUGCUAUCUGUAAAUGCGCAGCGCAUACUAACAACAAAGAUUUCAUUUCAACAGGAAACGCAAGAGCAGAUAUGGCUGCGAAGGCCGCGGCAGCACGGCAGUCAAAGGAACCAGAAUGCAUUUUAUUAUCUGAAACUAACACAAAUGCUUUGACUUCUUUACAGAGUAUGCAGGCGUUUGCUACAGUAGCGGAGAAGAACCUGUGGAGACGUUGUGGUUGCAAACUUGAGAAUGAUGUGUGGAUGAGUGUGGAUGGCAAGCCUUGUUUACCCCGACAUUUUUUCUCUCAUUAUGCUAAAUGCCUCCAUGGGCGUGACCAUGGAGGCAAAGGGGCUAUGGUAAGACAAAUGAAAGACAUGUGGUUCACGAAGGGCUUUACAGUGGUCGCUGAAAAUUUUUGCAACAGAUGCGUCAUCUGCAACACACACAAUGUGGCGAGAGGAGUGAAAAUGCCCCUAGCAUCUCAACCAGCAUCAGAAGGCCCAUUUGAGUAUCUCAUGAUGGAUUUCAUUGAAUUGAGUCCGUGUGAGGGAAAGAAAUACUGCCUGGUGAUGGUUGACAUGUGGUCAAAGUGGGUUGAAGUUUUCCCCACCUCCAAACAGGAUGCAGCAGCAGUGGCCAAAGCCCUGCUGACUGAAAUAAUUCCCAGAUGGGGAAUUCCAAGAAAGAUAAGUUCAGACAACGGAACACACUUUGUGAACGAGGCAAUAAAACAAGUGGGUCAGUUUUUGGGAAUAGAUAUGAGAACACAUUGCAGUUACCAUGCUUCUUCAGGGGGGGCAGUGGAACGUGAAAACGCAACAAUCAAAAACAAAUUGGCAAAAUGUUGUGAAGACACUGGUCUCACAUGGAUAAAAGCCUUGCCUAUUGUGUUAAUGUACAUGAGAAUGAGAAAAAGAACCAGAGUAAAUUUGAGCCCGUUUGAAAUUGUUUUUGGACGACCGCCAUUCAUGGGAAUGGAAGGGGGUAAACAACAGCUGCCAUCCACAGAUUUGUGUGAGCACAAUAUGCUGAAUUACUGCAAAGAAAUGUCUUCUCUGUUGUCUGAUGUCUGCGUGCAGGUGAAAGCUGCUCAGGGGAAACCGGCUGAGACUCCCUUGCACAACAUCAAGCCAGGAGAUUACGUGGUGAUAAGGGACCUGAGGAGGAAGAGCUGGAAGGCGAAAAGGUGGUUAGGACCAUUUGUCGUGCUUCUGACGACACACACCGCCGUCAAGGUAGCUGAGAGAGCGACGUGGGUGCAUGCGAGCCAUUGCAGAAAGGUCCCACCAGUGAUCGGGGAGGAGGAGCCGAGAGGAGAGGAGCAGGAGGCACACGUCUGUGCGGGUAGAGAUCAAAUAUAAACAUCAUUUGCCGUUAUCAUCUCAAGAGUAGAGACCCUGGCACAAAGUGGUGCUGAGCCAACCAGUUUUUUUUAAAGAAAAAGCACAUCAAAGACUAAUCUUCCUCACACGUUCUGGACGUACAACUGUGCGAUCCAUUUAGCCAACUGUAAAGAAUGGAGCAAGUGAGACCAUGGCACCGGUUUCAAGUGCCCGGAAUGUGUGGCAUAAAGGUAACCACGUGCAUACUGACUUUAUUCAGCUUGGUGAUGAGUAAACCAGCACCACAACAAGUGAAACCACCUGUUAUACCAGCAUUUGAACCUGACAUUCCCAGCUGGGAUGAAACAGUGUGGAUGGGAAAUGAAGGAGUAGGAAAAGGGGGAACAAAACCGGAAGUGGACAAGGCAAUGACAAAAUGCCAAGGGAACAAAGCCUGCACUCUGGCACUGCUGCAGAAACAGGAACUGAAGAUAAACACCAGCUGCUGGCUUUGUCUGCAAAUGUCUCACGCCUGGAAGACAGUACCAUUGACUGUUGCAACAAUAAAUGAGACUGACUGUCUGAUCCCAAAGCAGAUGACGGAGGUGCUUAGAGCUGCAGCAGACAUCGAGCAAGGGAAGAUUCCAACAAAACAUCCAACAUCUGCCUGCAAGAGAACACAACGGUAUAAUCACACAGACAUGUUGAUUCCACCAUUGAGAGUGAUGCAUGUUCAAGGAGAUGUGUGCGUGUGCUCACAGAGACUGAAGCUGAACGUGAACACAGGAUGGUCUGACUGCAGAGUCAGAAUUGACAUCAAGAAUUCAACGACAGGGAACUGCACAGCCGUAAUAGACGGUAUCACAACAGACUUUACCUGCCCGUUUAGCAAACCAGGUGACACUUCACCUGCGGCAGUUUGGGUUUGCGGUGACAGAGCAUAUCAUUUCAUGCCACAGAAAGACUGGACAGGUUGCUGUUACCCAGCCUUAAUGAAUGUGGGAACAUCUGUGUAUUUUCCGGAUAAUGAAAAAGGAGAAAAGACCAGACAGAAAAGAGAUAUUGUUUCUGAAAUAGGGACAUUGCCAAACCAUUACAAUGGUUAUGUCUUGUCAGAUCCGUGGACAACACCUGGGGCAAAUGUGGGCUGGUCUAUUUUUCUGGGGGUGGGAACAGCAGUAACGAUAAACAAAAUUAAUGGAUUAGCAUGGAGUGUGUUAGCUUUAGCCAAUAGCACCGAACAUGCCAUGACAAUGGUGAAUGAGGAAAUGAGACAGAUCAGAGAUGCAGUUAUUCAGAACAGACUGAUUUUAGACAUGCUCACGGCAGAAAAAGGAGGAGCUUGCAAAAUGUUGGGAAUGUCAUGUUGUUUUCACAUUCCAGAUUACAGUGACAACAUCACAAACAUCAUAAACCAUAUGAGAGCAGCUGUAAGGGAACCUGAGAAAGCUGAUGAUUCAUGGUUUGGGUGGAUAACAAAUCUGAGAGUUUGGGGACACUGGCUAUGUUACACUGUAUUGCCAAUUUUUGCAAUAGUGGUACUAGUAUUGCUAUGUUUACCAUGUAUUUUUCAGUGCACUUCCAGCAUAGUACAGAGAAUGGUGAAGACCAAUAUGUCUCAGCAAAUGGGUAAACUAACUGUUUAUGACGAUUACAAUGAGUGGAUGAGCGAAUUUGAUGAGAUGUUUAGCGAAGAGACACCUAAAACAAAUUAGGGGAUUUUUAUUUGUUUUUUUUUUUUAAUUAUUUUUUUUAUUUUUUUGUUUUUGUAUUGUUUUGUUUGUUUUUUAUUAUUAGGGAACCCAGAUAUCUAAAUGUUUCUUUAUUUACAAAUUUAAGAGAAUGAUCAUUUAUACAAAAAAUCAGAAAUGAAGAGUGUAAAUGUGAUGAGUGACUUAAAUUAGCUUGUUUUAUUAUUACUUUUUAUUACCUUUUAAAUACCUUUAUAAUUGUUAUUUUUUAUUUAUUUUUUUCUUAUUCUUAUUAUUAUUUUUUUUUAUAUCUACACAUUUUAAAUUUUCCUUGUGAGUUAUCAAAGAAUGAUAAAAGGGGGAAUUGUUGGGGAAAAUUUAAUCACAGAAAAAGAUUUUAUUUUUGAGUUCACACAGAAGUCAAUAUCUGUUUCAGCUAUGCAAAACACCUCUCUGAGCUCAACAGACAAAGCGUCUGGGGGUAACGAUGGGACAUCCAAACUGAGAGCUUUCCCGAACCAAGGGUGUCGGAUCAUUUAAAUAAGUUCUAAGACAGAAGGGGGACCAUUGUGUUUCUUGCUUUUUAAUUUAAAAUAGUCUGAGACAAAAGGGAAGGCCAUUUGUGGGCCAUUUGUGUGUGUGUUUGUUACCUACAUCCUGUAUGGAAAAGUACUGAGGAGAGUUGCUCAGACAUUUGGAGUAUAAAUGUUUGUGGGCUCCUUUGUGUCCUUAGUUCACACUCGGGGCAGACAUUGUAUGGUUGUGUCGACUGUGGACUCUUUCUUGCAAGAAAUAAAAUCUUUAUAAAGUGAA